AACAAAUUGUGAUAAAAGAAGUCUUGGCAUCAUUUUCUUCGCAAAAGAAACACAACCCUGCCUUUGUUUACAUUUCAUUUACUCAGUUACAUUAACUCUCUGAGCACUCUCCCACUUUCGCUCACACAAAAACUGUCACUUGUUUCUUUACUACCCUAACGAACACAAAUCAUUACCGUUAAAACAGAACAUGUGAAAGGACACACGACGAGUUGUUACAACCCUCCACGACAAUCUUUUGCACGAAAAAAAGACAAACAAAAGUAGAAUUAGAAAAAAGUUUAGAAUAAUGUUAAAUCCAAAACGACAUAAAAUGUUAUUAAAUGGUUUAGCAAUAAUUUUAGUGAUACAAUCAGCAUUGGCAGCAUCAUCUAAUGAACCAGAGCUUGGCUCAGAUGGCCGACCCUUGGCCAAAGCGGCGACUUUUCAUUUUCCUGAAUAUGCCUACAAGGAGACAAGUAAAAAUGAAAUAACCUAUCAUGACUUUGAGGUAAACUGUGAACAACAUGUUGCUUGUGAGACAUUGGAGGGUGUCAAACGUAAGGCCUGUGUAAGACGUUGUAUUUCGUAUUCAUGUUAUCAGGAUAUUUAUGCCUUUGAUGAUCUUGAGGAGGGUGAAAUAGAUGUCCGUUUGAAUUCAUUUAAGGGCUGUGUCAUCCAAAGAUCCGGCAACACAAAUCGCCGUGCCACAUAGCACCGGGCCAUUGCAGUGCGUUUCGAUGAAUUCAUGCAUGAAUUACAUUGGAAAUUUACGAAUUUAUUGAAGCAUUUUACGUAGGAAACAGUAUUAAUUGUUAUCAUUUCAUUUAUUAUGAUUUUAAUGUAGCCGCAGAAGCAAAAGACAAUGAUGACAACAACGAUAAGAAUGGAAAAGCACAAGAGUAAAAACAGGAGUAUUAGUUUUGAAGAAGAAGAUGUUACGGGAACAACAACCAUACAAAGGACAAUCAUGCUUAGAGUCGACAAUGGCGGCCAUCAAUCAGACAGACCAUGAAAUGUGUAAGCAGUCAAAAAUAGUGAACAAUUCAUAGAACCACAUUAACAGUAUAAUGUUUAUAUUUUAUAUUUUUUUAUCACGAAUGCAAAAAUUUUGUUUGAAGAACUUUUACCGGAAUGGAGGAGUUAACAUUAAGUAAAGGGAAAUUGUCUUAUAACCACAGUUUGGACAAAGUUCGAGAGGCAUUUUAAUGGCGUACGACAACUUCCCACGCUUUACUAUAUUUACAUCCAUUAAGUCAAACUAAAAAAAUGUUUAAAAAGCAACACGAGCAGGAGUCUUUCGCAAACAUUUAAACAUUAGAAGCUCAUUGAAGCUAAAUAGGGACGGCAACGUUUUUAUGCGGAUAUCUGAUUCAAGCAUAGACUAAUUUCUUACCCUAAGUGGAACCUGUUUCAUUAGACAGCUCCUCUAAAUUUCGUAAAUGGCUAUGAAGAAGGUCUGGGGAAAUUGUAUUCAUAUUUUGGGCGUUAGACUCACCAAUAGCCUGUCCAUCAAAAUUCCUCUUUCUUAACUUCUCGAUUUUUAUACCACAAUAGUAUUGAGGGUAUAUUGAGUUUGUCAUUCCGUCUGUAACACCUCGAAGUAUUCAUUUUAGAACCCACAAAGUAUAUAUAGCAUAAAAUUCUGUGUCGUUUUAGCUAUAUCCGUCCGUCUGUGGAAAUCACUCUAGCUUCCGAACGAAAUGAAGUAGGUUGAUAACAUUUUACUCAAAUCUGUAUUAUGUCUGCAGGACUUUUGGUAUUGAAAAUGGGUGAUGUAGGACCACGUUUUGUAUAGUCCCCAUAUAACGGCACCUCCCGAUAUUCGGUAUUUUGAUGAUUUAAGCGACAUUAUCCACCGGAAUUGUUUGAAAUUUGGUAUUUGAAGUUCGUAACGGAUGCUGCACCCUAUGAAUUGUCUGUGCGGGUCCACGUCUUCGUAUAGUCCCCAUAUAACGGUACCCCCCGAUAUUCGGUAUUUUGAUGAUUUUAGCGACAUUAUUCACCGGAAUUGUUUCAAAUUUGGUGUUUGAAGUUCGUAUUAAGUAAUACA